AUGCCUGAGGUGGCACUCACCAUACAACCUCACGGCGGUCCCGACCCGGGCCCCGAGGAGCAGGAGCAGCUGCCGUACCCGGAUCUGGCCUCGGUGGUCUUGGGCUGCUUCAAACAAACAUCAAGACCCCGUAUGCGUGACAUUGUGUCAGCGCUCCUGAUCAUCUUCCCCAUGCUGGCUAACGUGCUCUGCCUCUACAUGUUUGUCGUGCACAUCUUCGGGGUGAUAGGGGUCCAGCUGUGGGCGGGGCGUCUGCACAACCGCUGCUUCCUUGGUGAAGACCCCAUUGCGAUGUACAACGUCUCCUUGAGCCCGUACUACGUCACCAAGUACGGUGAGUUCCAAUCGUUCCUCUGUUCCCCCGAAGACACGAGCGGCCAGCACUGCGGCGAGGUGCCGCCCUACAGACAAAACCACCAAACCUGCUCCUUGGCCCCGCCGAGUGUAUUUGGCCUCACGGGGGCCGGCACUAACGCCUGCAUCAACUGGAACGUGCUCUACAACGUCUGUCGGCCCGGGGCCCAGAACCCCAACAACGGGGCCACCAACUUUGAUAACAUCGCCUACGCCUGGAUAAGCAUAUUCCAGGUUGUCACACUGGAAGGAUGGUCAAACAUCAUGUUUUAUGUCAUGAACGUGCAUUCCUUCUGGACUUUACUCUUUUUCAUAUUCGUUGCCAUCAUGGGCUCCUUCAUCAUGAUGAACGUGUGCGCCGUCGUCAUCGCCACUCAGUUCUCAGACAACCUGGAGCACUUGAGGAUACAGCAAACCAGGAGGGAGGAUAGCGCCGUGUUGGUCAAAUGGCUCCGCUCCAAGUGGAACGGCUGCCUGGCGGUCAUCAGACGGCGUGCAUCCAACAGGGUGCGCCGCCAUGACGACGACAGCAGGACUGACGACUUAGCGGUCGGGGGUCACAUUUGGGGACAGCUCAGGACGAGACUGGAGAAAGUUGUCAAAAGUAAAAUCUUCAACCGGCUGAUCAUGUUCGCUGUUCUCCUCAGCAUUCUCACCCUGGCCAUUGAGCAUCAUAAUCAGCCAAACGUGUUGACCACCAUUUUGCACAUCAGUGACCUCACCUUCACCGUGAUCUUUGUGGUGGCGAUGCUCUUGAAGCUGAUGGCGCUCAAGUGGGCGUACUUUGAGGACCGAAACAACUUGUUUGACUUUUUCAUUGUCAUCAUCAGUGUUUGGGAGACGAUAACAAAAGCAGACAGCAGGUUGUCGGUCCUCCGAGCUUUCCGCCUGCUGAGGUUUGGGAGGCUGCUCCACUACCUUCCUUACCUAAGGACACAGCUGCUGGUGCUGAAGAAGGCCAUGGAGGAGGCCGCUUCGCUCUGCAUGCUCAUCCUUUUUGUCAUCUUUGUUUUUAGUCUUGUGGGCAUGCAUCUUUUCGGUCAUGGGUUAGACACCCGGAAAAGAAUCAAUGACAGAAAGAACUUUGACACGCUGCUCUGGUCCAUGGUCACCGUGUUCCAGAUUCUGACGGAGGAGAACUGGAACAGGGUGAUGUACGCCAUCAUGGCGGCCUCCUCUCCGUGGGCCUUCAUCUACUUUGUUGCAGUCAUCGUGACGGGAAAGCACGUCCUUCUCAACAUCCUCGUGGGUAUUAUCCUUAAGGGCUUCCAAGACAGGCGAACACUUAGCGAGAACCAUGCCUGCGUGAUCUCUUCUUCCACCCUGGAGGACGGUUCUGCAAACAGCAAUGCGGAAAACCGAACACUUGGCAAGAACCGUGCCUCUGUGACCUCUUCCCCGACCCCUGAGGACGGCUCUGCAGAUGCAAACGGCGAUGAGGAAAACAGAUCUCAGAACCGAAACCAGAGGGCGCUGCGCUGGUGCAAAAAGCGCGAAGAGUGGUCAUUCUACGUGUUGUCUCCCCAGAACAAGUUCCGCCUCUUUUGCAAGACGGUGAUGUCUCACGAUUUGUUCGAAUACACAGUUCUGCUCUUCAUUCUCCUAAACUGUAUCACCAUUGCAAUGGAGAGGCCUGGAAUAGAGCCUGGAAGCAAGGAGCGUAUGUUCCUGAACAUCUCUGGUCACGUCUUCUCUGCAGUCUUCUUGGUAGAGAUGCUUUUUAAGGUCCUGACCCUCGGCUUGUUCUUUGGGAGCGAGAGCUACUGCCGCUCCGCCUGGAAUGUCAUGGACGGGUCGCUGGUGGUCGCCUCCUUGGUCGACAUCGUCGUCUUGCUGACCCCUGCAAGCCACAGCAAAAUGCUGGGCAUUUUCAAAGUGCUGCGCCUGCUGCGCACACUUCGCCCGCUGCGGGUGGUCAAGCGUGCCCCGAAACUGAAGCUGGCGGUGGAGGCUUUGAUCACCGCCCUCAAGCCCGUCGGGAACAUCUUGCUUGUUUGCUGCGCCUUCAUCUUUUUCUACGCCAUCCUCGGCUUGCAGUUGUUCAAGGGGAAGUUCUACACCUGUAGAGGCGAGUACAUCGAGGACAUCACCAACAAGACGGACUGUCUGUCGGCCAACUACCGCUGGGUGCAAAAGGAUUUCAACUUUGACAGCUUGCCGCAGGCUCUGAUGUCGUUGUUCGUGAUGUACUCCAAGGAUGGCUGGGUGAGCCUCAUGUACGACGGACUGGACGCCGUCGGAGUCGACCAACAGCCCGUGGUCAACCACAACGAAUGGAUGCUCGUUUUCUUCAUCUCCUUCAUGAUCGUGAGCUUCUUCUUGCUCGACAUGUUCAUCGGUGUGAUGGUGGACACCUUCCGCAACUGCCAGAAGCAACAGAAACUGAAACUGGCUGAGGAGGCGAGAAACCGCUCGCAGCCUGGCGCCGGUGAGGAGCGUAAGGAGACGCCGUACCAAGCGUCCUACUCCCGCUGGCGUCUGUCCAUCCACACCCUGUGCACCAGCAAGCAGCUGGACCUCUUCAUGGCCGUCCUGAUCUUCCUCAGUGUUUUGGUUAUGGCCGUCGAGCACUACCAACAACCUCUGUACAUCAAGAGGCUUACAGAUUACACCCACUACGUGUUCACCUCCAUCCUGGUGAUUGAAGUCCUGCUGAAGCUCGUGGCGUUUGGCGGGCUGAGGUUCCUGCGAAACAGUUGGAACCUCAUGGACCUUGUGGUCGUCUUGGUUUCCAUCAUGAGCAUCGUUUUAAACGUGAUGAGGGUGUCACGGCAUCUUCCCAUAAAUCCCACCAUCCUGAGAGUCUUCAGAGUGCUGAGGCUGGCUCAAGUCCUGAAGGCCAAACGGAUUCGUGUCCUGCUGACAACGAUCAUCAAAACGCUGUCGCAGGUUGGAAACAUUUGUCUCCUCUUCUUGUUCUUCUUUUCCAUCUACGCAACGCUGGGAGUGGAGUUCUUUGGCCAUCUAGAAUGCGAGGACGACCUGUGCCUCGGAUUAAACGAGCACGUCAACUUCAAGCACUUCGGCAUGGCCCUGUUCACCCUCUUCCUGGUGUGCACCGGGGACAACUGGAGCGUGAUUAUGAUGGACACCUUGAAGCAGUGCCGUCGUGGAGAGUGUGCAGACUACCUCAUGUGGGUAUCUCCGCUAUACUUCAUCGCCUUUGUGGUCAUCGCCCAGUUCGUGCUCGCCAACCUUGUUGUGGCCGUCAUCGUGCAAGCUAUGGAGGACAGCAACAAGAAAGGACCCCACGAAAACUGUUGA